AUGUUGCUCGUAUUGAGAAUUUGUGGGACGCGUCGUUGCGCCCUGCGGAUGAAGGUGAAUGCGACUUUCCCGAAAAGGAAAUGGCUAGUGCAUGCAGGAGAUGAAUCCGUCUAUUGCAGCCAAUGGGGAUUCGCACUCAGAUCUUUGAACUACUCCACUCAAUAUUCUUCUUCUUCCCUCUCAGAGUCCCCUCUUCGAGGAUCUCUGAAUUCUAGCCUCGCCCCGCGUCGCACCGGUUCUCGCACCUCUGCAACCAUUUUACCAGACGACCUCACGUCGUUCACCACGGAUACCCAGCAGUCAUGGCUUUCCCAACCUCAGUCCCAGCGGCAUUCUGCCUUCAAUUCGAGUCAAGCAGCCCCAGCAGACUUUGUGCUGUUUCCGACGCCCUCUGCGCCAGCCUCCCGACCAGCUCGACGUCGUGCGACAGAGCAAGCUCUCGCCUUCAAUCGCGUAGCCCUUAAUCCCGCCUACCAAACGGCCUUGCAAGGUCAUCAUCGAAGAAACUCUACUCAUCUCUUUUCUGCCUCUCAAGCGGUUCAGAAUCCCAGAGUGACGGAGAUUAUUAACGGUACCGGGCACAAUCCUUCGUCGACGUCUUUCCAUCGGUUUAUUCCCUCGGCCGGCCAGAGAGCUCGUUUUGUCAACGCUUCUUCUGCGCCCUCGUCCUCGUCUUUUGGUCUUUCAGGCAACAGCAGUCAGCAUCGACUGAGCACUCCUUCUGUGCCGCCUGUUCCUCUCUUCGCCAGUCACAGCACCGGCAACUUAGAAAACUUUUUCCAGCAACCCAAUAAUUCUUUCAGUGUAAACAAUACUGCGAUCAACAUGGUUCCAGGUAACUCUCUCUUUGCCACGGUCUUGUCACGUGACUUUGCUUGCAGCCUGCUGACCGCGUCUUUCGCGUUAGACAAUCUUUUUGACUUGCCGCUCGACUUCGGCGCCGACGACGUCACCAAGGACGUGUCGCUGUUUGAGUCGGUGGGCUAUUCGGACCCCAACUUUGCCUCCAUGAAUGAGUCGGUUGGUAGCAGCGGCACCGUCUCGCCAAAGGAUCUCCUCCGGGAUCCUCUGGCGUCGGCGCCGCCCUCGGCCGCGUUCACCAACCUGACCUCUCCCUCCAUCUUUGACUCCCCUGAUGUUGCAGAGAGCUUUGAGACCUCGCCCCUCUUCGCCAAUGCCGACGCCGACUUGGCUGGCCAGGACGCAUGGUUCUCCUUGUUCCCCAGCAUUAGUGGCGGCGAGAACGACGAGUCGCCCCUGAGCGCUGCCGAGGAUGUCAUGGUCGCUGAUCCCUUCAACAUCAGCGCCCAGGUCGUCCUCGGAACGCCAGACAUCAACGGCGCUGCCAUGACUCCAAGUCUUAGCCGUCGUAGCUCGUCGCCCGGCUCAUCGCCCAGAUCGGGUGCGCGCAAGCACUCGUCAGUUGCCGGCGUGAACUCGCGUCGUCGUGACAAGCCGUUGCCACCAAUUGUGGUCGAUGACCCAUCUGAUUUGAUCGCAGUCAAGCGUGCCCGCAAUACGGCCGCAGCGCGCAAGUCACGAAUGAAGAAGAUGGAGCGGUUUGAUGCAUUGGAGCGCCAGAUUGAGGAACUGCAAAGUGAGGUGGAGCACUGGAAGAAUCUUGCUCUCGGCAGGAACUGA